UAUAGCGCGCUAAAGUAAAAAGACUAUUUUUCCCAGCAAGCUUCAGGAUGAAAAGUCCCGGCUCGGACAGCUCACCGAAGGUAUAUAACGCCUCCGGACGGCGCGCGUUUUAGACAUUUGCUGGUUGUUACCUGCGGGGUCUAUGGUGUGUGUUCAGACUCGUCUCGCUUAUCGCACCCCCGCAAGUGACGCAGACGUGAGGUUGCCCACCUCCUCCUUAUCUGAGAUUUCCUCUAUUCCCACGGCUUGGCAUCCCCGAUGAGGCCGAAUGAAGUGUCAGAGGUGCCCGCUCUGGCGCUGCGCCUGGAAGAGCUGAAGCGCCGGGCGGGCGAGUGCAUCGAGGCGGCGUCGGAGCCACUGGGCGAGCUGAGCCGGGCGAUCUGGAGCCGUCCGGAGCUGGCCUACGAGGAGCACCAGGCUCACGGCGCCCUGACGCGCUUCUUCGCCGGCCGGCCGGCUUGGUCGGUGCAGCCGCGCUACAAGCUGGAGACGGCCUUCCGGGCGGACUGGGCCUGGGCGCCCCACGGCGAGGAGGAGGACGAAGGGCCCGGGCGGGCCGCUGAGCCCCCUGCCGCCCUCCUCCGCCUGGGCUUCCUGUGCGAGUACGACGCCCUGCCCGGCAUCGGCCACGCCUGCGGCCACAACCUCAUCGCCGAAGUGGGCGCCGCCGCCGCGCUGGGCCUCAAGGGCGCCCUCGAGAGCCUCGCCGCUCGACGCCCGGACGGCACCCUCCGCGCUCCCGCCGUCAAGAUAACGGUGCUGGGCACUCCUGCCGAGGAAGAUGGAGGAGGCAAAAUAGACUUGAUCAAAGCUGGAGCUUUUGAUGAUCUAGAUGCUGUUUUCAUGGCUCACCCCUCCCAAGAAGAUGCCGCUUUUUUACCUGAUGUUGCAGAACAUGAUGUGACUGUGAAAUACUAUGGAAAAGCUUCUCAUGCUGCUGCUUACCCUUGGGAAGGAAUAAAUGCAUUAGAUGCUGCUGUUCUUGCAUACAACAAUCUGUCACUUUUAAGACAGCAAAUGAAACCAACCUGGAGAGUUCAUGGUAUAAUAAAGAAUGGAGGUGUGAAACCUAAUAUCAUCCCAUCUUAUGCUGAAUUAGAAUUUUACUUGCGUGCCCCUUCAUUAAGAGAACUCUCAAUCUUGACAGAAAAAGCAGAAAACUGUUUUAAAGCUGCUGCUCUGGCCACAGGAUGUGAAGUGGAACUACAAGGUGGAGCAAAUGAUUAUUACAAUGUCCUUCCUAACAAGAGUCUGGAAAAAGCUUACAUAGACAAUGGGAAGAAGCUUGGCAUGGAGUUCAUCUUGGAUGAUAACUUGAAUGGGCUGUCAGGUUCUACCGAUUUUGGAAAUGUUAGCUUUGUGGUUCCUGGGAUUCAUCCCUAUUUUUACAUUGGCUCAGAUGCCCUGAACCAUACUGAGCAAUACACAGCUGCUGCAGGGUCAAAAGAAGCACAGUUCUUCGCCUUGCGGACAGCUAAAGCUUUGGCAAUGACUGCAUUGGAUGUUAUUUUCAAGCCAGAUCUGUUGGAAAAAGUUAGAGAAGAUUUCAGAAUAGUAAAGCUGAAUGAGGAAGGUCACUUGAAUGCACCUGAACAUGGAAAAGGGUCUCUUCUUGGUAUUGGAGCUGCAUGUGCCUCACGUUGAAGAACAGCACUUUGCAAGUUUAAACUCAAAUAGAAUAUCCUGAAUUGUUCUACUUGAAUUCUGGGGAAUGUUUAAUAGCUGAAGAGAUGCUGAUAUUUUAAGUGGCGCAAUUAAAUGACCUCAGUGUACUUCCAAAAUAUCUGUGGUCUAGUAUCAUGUAACUGUCUUAAUCUGGCAGACAAAAUUACAUGAUUUCUCUGCAGUGGUUGAAAACGUGCUGAAUAGCUUUACAGAGUUUUACCAGAUAUCUUUUGAAUUGCUAGUACAAUUGCUGAAAAGUUGAGUUACUCAUAGUAAAUGCUGCCUUAUCAAGGAACUAUAAAAGGUGUUAUAUGUUCAGCUUGCUAUAUAAAAAAAAAAACCAAAUGCAAACAAUCAGGAAAAACUAGUGUAUUUGAUACAUCUAUGAGUGUUUAACAGGGUUUUUAAAGACAACAAUGCCAAAGGCUAGGUGGCUAUUACUCAAGAUGUGAUCAGAUUUUCAGGUCAGAAAUUAAUUUCUGUUUCCAGAUACUCACACUAUUUGGCACGGAGAGCUCAGCCUUUGAAAAUACAUUUACUUCUUGAUCAUUUGAUUUUUUUCCCCUGAAAGUCUUUUUAUAAUCACUUGGUAUUUCACUUGCAGAGGAGCAAUCCUAUUUCUGUACAAUCUAUACUUUCAAAGUCACAUAUAUCCCAUAGCAGUGGCACAUAAAGGAAUCAGGUUUCUUGAUUCUGAUGAACUACAA